GGAUGUAAACAUGUCUGCGCCCUUUCCAAACGCGAGUCCUUCAGGGAAACUCGUCUUUGAAAAAUCGUCUUUCCUUCACAAGAACAGCCGACAUAAGAAAUUUAUAUCAGAACAUUAUUUUAAUGCAUCUGUUUCUAUCCUACUUCCAGGGGAGGUUAUUCCCCCAAACAUCUCCAGCCAGCUGGACAAUGAGGAAGCCUACCUGGUUCACAGACUGCCGCUGAUUCGACUCAUAGACAAGGAAUUCAUUGAGGCAUUUGUCAAGAAAGGAUGUAUGUACUUCCUGUCACAUGGCAGCCAUCUUGACGUCGAUGACUGUGUGGCACUACUUCCCUGUGGUACACUGGUGUUAAAUGUGACCAAGGACACAUAUGAACAACUUGGCCUAGAAGGAAAGCCAUCAGUCUUUACACCAAGACACCAGAAACCUAACAAAUAUGUGGUUCAUAUUGACCUGACUGCAGACUGCUUCAUGCCAGGGAGGAAGAACUACAACCGUGUGUGGUGGUGUCUCAAGGAUCGCCUCAACCUGGUGUUUGACUUCCUCGUCAGAUGGGCCCCAGAUGAUAACAACAUCUGCCCCAGUUCCGUUCAACAAUAUUUUGAAAACAAUGGGUAUGAUGUCACCCAAGUUGGAGUGAAGCAGAAGUCAUCAUUGCUGAAAAACAGACUGACCCCUGAACUGUCGGACAGCAACGUGAAGACAACUGAUGACAGCUACAAAACUACCUACGACUGGCUUGGAGCUGUCUCUUGUGCGGUGAAAUUGGAUGGUGCAGCAGAUGACUUCCUGAACACCUACCGACCGCCUGACCCGUCCACGCCACACGACAUCGGUCACCACCAGGGGACAGGAUUUAUCUCCCCUGAUGUCAUCAACAGAGUGCUGGACACAGUCAGAUCUCACGUGGAGAAGAACAGCAACAAGACCCCCUGGGCAGCGGUCACCGUUCACGGAUUCGCCGACUCUCCCGUGUCGUGGAGCAAACGAGAACACGGCUUCUACCUAGGGGGAGACAACUUGUACACAUACGUCAUAUUUCCUGAUCAGCAGUACUGGCUGUUCUCGGCCUUCUCGACCUACGAUGAAGGAUAUUAAACUGGGAACAACA